UCAGUGAAGAACCCUUCGAAUAACUGGUGGGAUUUCCUAAAGAGUAGGAACGAAUUGCCAAUGAUCGGAGAAAAUGUUACCAUGGAUGUAUACCCCGUGUACGAUCAGUCAUUUAAUAUAUCAAGUUCAGGUAACGAGCAGUACAUCGAGGAAUUAUUUAAAAAGGUUGAAUUGUAUCUUCACAACCGCUCAAUAAUGAUAAAUAUUACCGUUAAACAAACUAUUACGACACAUAAUCUGACUGUUUAUUUUGAUCCUAAAAAAUCGGUAGACGGCCGUCGCACAUUGGAAAAUCUCACAAAAUACGGAGAGUCUAUGCACAAGCCCAAUAACUCCUACUUUUUUCUAUUUUAUUGGACAAGCGAAGUUGAGCAAGAAGCUGUGCUAAUAGAUUACAUCAAUUUAUCUGGCCCACAUCGCCCGGCUGUAUCGGAGGUUUCCACGAUAAACACCUUCUGCACGAAAAACACGAGUGCUGCUGUCGUAAGACAUAAGCCCGGAAGUGAAAAUAUUUGGAGCACAGUGAAAGCCAUAUCCAGAACCUUCGGAUCGAAACAUUUCCUGAAUUUCACUGAUACGGACUGGGAGAACAUGAAUGAGACCUUCUCGAGAUGCCCCCACAGGGAAGAACAUGGAGAUAUGCUGGCAUGUUGACGACAACGGGCUGACAGCCAGGCAGCGACACAUCGUUUUAUUUUUCUCUCUAAAAUCUGAUAAAAACAAGAUGCAAUGCUAACGAAUAAUCUGGUAUGUGGAAAUAAAAUUGGUACAAAUGGU